UGGGUAAAACGCUGUCCGAGACAGCGUUUUAUUCCCUGUUUUUUUUUUUAAAUGAAACGCUGUCCGGGACAGCGUUUCAUGGCCAUAUAUCAGCAUGUUCACUUCAGCAGAAUGCGCAAGAACUCAACCUCAACCUCAACGCUUUCCCUCCUCCCUCUCACACUAAACCACGACCGUACUCAAACACCCGCAUUGCCGCCGCCGCCCACCCUUGCGCCACCGCUGCUGCCGCCACCUUGCUGCUGCCCUCCUCCCUCUCACACUCACUCACUCAAUUUCGUGAUACGAUGGACGGUGAAGAUCGUACGCCUGGACCCGUUGACCCUUCUGUGCUUACACUACAGGGCACACACCGCAGCGUUGCCGUAUGGGAUCAGACGGUUGAUCCGGCAAAGCAGCUCGUUUGCAGGCAUUACACCACCAGGUUCAUGGUGGGGUGGGGAAUCGAUCCUCGCGUUUUGGCGUACGUCGAGUUUGUCGGUUUAGGUGGUUUUCACCGUAUGGCGUAUAGGGAGAUCGAUCGAGCGCUUGUCACUGCGCUCGCGGAGAGGUGGAGACAGGAGACGCACUCCUUCCACCUACCUGUUGGUGAGACGACCGUUACGUU